AUGGACACAUUCCGCGGCGCCGUGGACGCCGUCGCGGCGAUCUUGCGCCGCGUGCUGUUGCGCGAUCCGAGCAACCGGCGCGAGGCGUGCACGUGGCUCGCGGCGCUAAUCGGUCGCGUGCAGCUCCCGCCCGCGCUGCGCCGCGCGCUUGUCUGCCAGCUCGUGGCGCGCAGCGGAUCGCUCGACCCUGGCGCCUCUGACCGCUCGCUGCUGCGCCAUCUGCUGUGUGAGGAAAGGCCGAACGAUCUCCUCCCCUCCCCCCGCUGCUCCCAACCCCAAACCCCUCCAACCAAUCCUCACCGCAUUCUCUUGUGGUUCGACCAUUUCAGUAUGGGGCCUGGCAGUCAAGGGGGCAGAUGGGGGGAAGAGGGGGAGAGGAGCAGGGAACAGCAGAGACCAAGCGCCUAUGCUGCUACUGCCUAUGCUGGUUCUGGUUCUGGUUCGGCCCACACCAAGUUGGCAGGGUCGGCAGCAGCUGGUGAAGCUCUGCAGCGGAACAGUCCAGGUUCGGGCCGGCUUGUCUUGCCGACCCGCGCUCUGGUUCGGAACCACAGGGGAAGUGGGGCUGGAGGGUGUUGGUCGGGGGGUGUGGCGAUGGGCGCAGGGGAGGAGAUGGGAGGAAGGAAGAGGGGCGGACAGGAGGGGGGAUGGGAGGAAGAGAGAGGACGAGAGGGAGAGGGGGGAUGA